GACUUCUUUAUUAUAACUCUUAUCAACAACCGGCGUAGUUUCUACAGGAGUGUAACGCAACACAUCUAAAUUUAAAAAAUUACAGUAAAGUCCUUUUUCUUUUUCAUUUUGUUCACAUUCGUCUCGCCACAGUACAUUAUCCAUUGAUUGGCGCCAACGCCAUUGUAGUAGCAGUAACGAAGAACUACUAGAUCUCGAUAGAGAGAGAGAGACGAUGUUGAUCGGAGUAGGAGGAGCAGCAGUAGCAGAUUGUCUAUCUCAAUGUGGAAGUUCGUUUAGUGGAAUUGGGUUGAGGUUGAAUUUGAAUUCGAAUUCGAAUUCAACAAGGAUAAUUAGACCUCGCCGAGCUGUUAAUGUUGGAUUGUGUGUUGCUAGUUUGGUCACUAACUCCGAUUCGUUCGAAGUUGGUAGGCUUAUUGGUAGCUAUGGCUUCAUGAACGUCACCAGUUAUUCGGGGCUUCAGUCCGGAAUGGGGAUGGAUUAUGCGGUAUCAGAAGAUAUAGGGAGCUUUAAAGUACAAGAUGUUGGAGAAGGAAGUGUCAAGAUAAGGCUUUAUGAAGGAAGGGUAGCCCAAGGUCCACUAAGAGGAACUCGGGUUAUUUUUAAAGUAUAUCCUGGACAACAAGUAGGUGGAAUUGAGGCUGACAUGAUGGCUGCGAAUGAGCUGAAUGCUCAUGCUUCCCUUCAAAGCAGCCCCAAAGAUGCCUUUCCACAUAUUCAAACACUUGUAGGAGGAUUCGAGACAAAAACUGGGGAGCAGUGGCUUGCUUUUAGGGAUAAUGGAAAAUAUAGUGCUGCAGAUUAUGCUAAAAUUACAAGCGAAAAAAUGGCAAAAGUGAUUGCUGGGUGGAACCCGUUUGAGCUGGAUCAGACCAUUAAAAACAGAAGGUAUUUUGUUGUUAGGCUACUUCAUGGGGCAAUGAGAGGUCUGUCCUAUAUGCAUGACAAUGACAGAUUACACCAAAGUCUUGGUCCUGCUUCAAUUGUCCUAAAUACAGUUGUUGAGAAAGAUGCACCAUAUCUAGUUCCUCGGCUCCGGGAUCUCGCCUUCUCGGUUGACAUAAGGUAUUCUCAACUUGAAGAUCGUCCUAAUAUCUUGUCAGAAGGACUUUGGAGACGGGCAUCUGUUGCUGGAGCGUCUAGUCCUUUGGAGAAAAGAACUUUCGGAAUAGCAGAUGACAUAUAUGAAGCUGGACUUCUUUUUGCUUAUUUAGCCUUUGUUCCAUUUUGCCAAGCAGGAGUCAUGGACAGCAUAUCAUUGCGGAGGCUCCUGGAAAAUACUUUUCAACUUGAUCUUCAAGCUGUCAGAGAGUAUUGUUCUGCUGAUGAUCGCCUGCUAGAAGCAGUCAAGUUUCUUGAUCUUGGCGAUGGUGCUGGCUGGGAGUUGCUCCAGGCAAUGCUUAAUCGUGACUACCGUGGGAGGCCAAUUGCGGAAGCUGUAGUAAACCAUCGAUUCCUGAGUGGUACUUUCGUGUGAGAUCACUCCUAAUUUGAAUUGUACAUAUAUUGUGUGCUGAUCCAUAUGGAGAACCCACUGCACCAAACUAUACCAACCAUAUAUGUUGCAACGUUGUCUCCAAUUUUGUAGUUCAAAUUUUUAUUUUGAUUUAUUAGUAGCGGUAACAACCUCUCUACCUUUAAGGUAGUUGUAAGGUCUGCUACAUUCUAUCCUCACCUGACCCACUUUGUGGGAUUAUACUGGGUAUGUUGUUGUAGUCGAGGUACAUGAUAUGAAGUUCCAAUCCAGCCAAGCAAAGGUUGAGUUGGGUAUAUGAAUCAUACAGUUCUAGUGAGUCAUAAAACUGUUGCAAA